AUUUGGUGAGUAGCUUUCCUAUUCAACUUUUAGAACUUUUAUUCUAAUUUUUAUUUUCUUGGAACGUUUGCACUAGUUUUAGACUGUUGCAAAAAGUUUCAUAUGUUUUUUAAUAAGUGUCAUGAAGUUAAGUUUCCGUGAACUCCCUUGAUCUAAUCCCUAUUUUCAGUAUGUGUCAAGAAAAUUUUUUCGCUGUGUCAUGUGCUUCGGUGAAAGUUGUAAAUGUUGUGUUUUAAAUAGAUAAGCUAAUCCUCAGUAGUAAAUCCUGACAAGGGAGUCUAUAACAAUGAUACAAGGGGUAACUUUCUAAAGAAACUGUGGUGCUGCGUCGUUGGGAGAGUAUAACAGGGUAAUUUAGUAUUAUCAACUGAGUUGAUAACGUAAAUUGGCCACCGUAAAGAGUUUCAAACCUGAAGUUUCGAGCGUAAGCCCUUCGUCAGAGCGAAUGAAAAAGCGAAUGAUGCUCUUAUUGUUGCGUUCAAGGACAUAUCAAGCACACAUGGUCUGUGGACUUUUGGUAAAAUUGCAUGCGAUGCAUACAGCUUAAAAUGGGUUUUCAUGGCAAUAGCUUUUCUGCCUGCUUGACUCCCAAGAAUGACUGCUCUGUUUUCAGUUGAAGGAUUCACUGUUAUUUUAUCAUACUCUCUCCAUUGUUUAGUCUGCUCUGCCUGGCAAAGUCCAACCCAUCACCGAAGUGAGUUCCUCGGUCAAUAGCUAUGGUGUACCAGAUCAAAUGAGAACAGGGUAUGAGUACUUGUAGCUCUCUGCUUAUCUUUAUUUUACAAUCUUCAAGGCAGCAUUAACAAGUUGAAAUGAAGAAAAAAGGUGAAUCUAUAAUAGUAAAGUUUAGCCAUUAGAGGGUCUGGAAAAGAAUCAUUGACCUCUAAGAGAUCAGACCACCUUGUAACAACUCAGUGAAACCUGUGCAAGUGCAUGUUAUAUAUUGAUUUUGUUGUCCAAUGUUAAUUAUAAUUAAUUACUGUUAUGUUACUGUUAUACUGUUAUGUUAAUUACUGUAAUUAGUUCCUGUAUUAAACAGACACCUUGGUCUGUUUUGUGGUUGUGGAGAAUCACAACUUGCUUUGAAGAGACCUGUUCAGAUGGUGUGCUGUGAAUCAAAAUUUUAAGAGGCAUUUUCAUCAAAAACCUACCAUUGGGGCAUUAUUUAGCCCUUAAGUCAAUUUUCUAGAAGUUCUUUCCUUGAGAAUCUUUUUUUUUUAAAUUUUCAUUUCUGAUGUAUUAAUUGCAUACUUUGUAUUUUCAAGGUUCUCGAAUGUUAAGAGUGGAUUGAUCACAAGCCAUCCUUUGGAGGGUUCGGAGAAAAAUGUAAGUCAGUUGAAGAUUUCGUAGAAAACCAUUGAAUGAUCAUAAUGAUUAGAGAUGUUUGUAGAGUUUAAACCUCGGUGCACUUAGAAUAGAUUAAAUAGUAAGUUUAUACAGCUCAUCUAAUAAAAGUUUUUUUGCAACAUUUCCAGUCAGCCAUUUACAGUAAAUUACUCUUUCAUUAUAUAGGAAUUGAGUCGGCCUUAUGUUUUAAUCUCAGUUUCUUCAUGCUAUGGAGAUUGGGACAAGUUCCGUUGCUUUGUAUACCCUUCAAGUUGGGUGCAGACACUCUAAUCUUCUAAACUUUGGAGAGGCACUGCACAGUGUGUAGACAUGUUGAGAUUGCUCAAGCCUUCCAUCCUCACUUCAAUUAGUAUAGGUAAUCACAUGAUUUUGAGUGCAAUUUGGAAUAAAUAAGCAUGGGUAAAUUUUUCCCAGACUAACAAAAUUGCACCAGCCUGAAGGGCAAGUGCAAUUUGUCGUCUUUGAAAACAGUAACAAGUACUUUUUUAUUCUAAAUUGCGUGAGAAAAAUCAUGUGAUUAUGUAUUAAUAAUAUACAUGAAAAAAUUUUAGAUAGCUCAUCAUAAUUAUGCAGAAGUGAAGUGCGUGCAUCAAGUGCAAAAAUAAUCUAUUCAAACACUGCAAGUGACAUUGUGUGUUUGGUCAAAACAACCGAAUAUGAUCAAAACAAUAAUAUACAGUGAUAUUUCCACAUCCUUAAGGCGCAAAAAAGUUCAAAGUCCGGCUAAACAGUUCAAGGAAUUGUCGGUCUGGUUUGUUACUUCUUUGCACUAAAUUAACCCCCUUCUGCAUUGAAUUACCUGAAAACUGCAUUUAUCUUAACCAAUCAGAACUGAGUAAUUUUUUCAUGUAUGUUAUUAUCAACCAAGUAUUUCAAGUAUUUCAUUAAGGCUGAAAAUAGCACUGUAUAAGUAAUGUACAUUGUACACUGUAAGUUGUUUUAGUACUAGCAUGGCUAAUCCUCCACAUUUCCAUGAACUUAGACAUACUUGAAGCUUUUUGUUCUUUUGAUGUAUUUUGAAAACUGCAUAAUGUGGUAAAAUAAGUGUCGUGUUUUUAUUUUGACUAGUUUCUUCAAAAUCAAGAAUUGCUUGACUUUAAGAUGCUGAGAAAUACACAAGGUCUGCAGGCCCCACUUAAACUACAGAUGGAAAGAGCUGUUGCAUCAAAGGUAUCAAAGAAACAUUUUGAUUAUUUGCUUGUCUAAUUUUUGAUUCACAAAGGAUAUUACCUCUGUUAUAACUUUUCAUGUGAAUCUAGUGACAAACACAAUAGAUUUUGCAGUGAUAAGGUAGUGAUUGAAUAAUCAUGUUCACUGUUAUAUAACUCUUACUCUUGUCAACACAGAUCCGGCGAUUGCCUUGCCUGCCCAGCUCAAUGGUUGCUUUAGACUCCCUUUUGGGUACAGAUGAAAGUAUUGGAUUUGAUGACUUCUUAAAUGGUGAGAGACAAAGUUUUCUUUCACCUCUUGUUAAGGAAUGUUGAACCCCCACAGUGUAUGUUGAACCUUUAAAUAAGUUUUGCCUCACAGUUAGCUGCUGAAUGGUACUAUGUUGUAAAUUCUUGUGGAAACAAUAUUUAAUUAAGUGGGGGCAGAGACAGGUGAUAAGAAAUUACUGACAAAGCAAGUUAACUCACAUACUUGUCUUUGAGAUUGAGCAGGUUUAAAAAAAAUUGGAAUUUUGGAUAGGGUGUUUUUUUUCACGUUGACAGGGAGUUGAAGAACAUUUUACCCAUGAAAGGUUUGGUGUGUGGGCUUGGCUUCACCUUAGAACUCACAUUUCCUCAUGCAAACAAUUUAACUAAGGGUAAAUGUUUGACUGUGUUUUGUGUUUGUUUAUUUCCAGUUCAAGGUGAUUCUGAGGUCAUGUCAGAUCCUCAUCUCACAAUGGAAUACAAACUGGGUCUUCACUGAAUUCCCUUUCCACUUUAUAAAUGCCCUUUUCUUUAUACAAGUAUAACUUAGUACAUUCUAUGUAGUAACCUGUGAAGUUUACUUUGCUGUGAACAAGUUGCUGCAAAGUCACUCAAACAUAGGGAGUAGUGGAAAAGCUUUUCAUACACUAGCUAGUUUAUUUCAAUAAAAACAAUAUUUGACCCUCAAACUCUUGAGAUCCAAGAACUUAUUUUCCUGAUUGACUGCAAUACAUUUCCUUGCAAAUGGAACUAAUUCCAUUUUAUAUCAAGAUAACAUGCUCUAGCUGAUAAGCUUGUCUGUUCUCAUAACUGGUUUGCAAGAUAAUGUCGUGGGAGCACAAUGAGAAGUUAAGAGAAUCACUUUGGGAAGCCGAAGGAUUUAAUGAGAAAUGCAGUUGUGUAGGAGAAGCUGAUCAUUUGUGGAGGAAUUGUCUGUCAU